AUGAGCUGCAGCCUGGACAAGAUCGUGGGCGACGCCAAGACGCUGCUCGAGCGGCUCCGGGAGCACGACGCGGCGGCCGAGUCGCUGGUGGACCAGUCGGCCGCGCUGCACCGCCGGGUGGCGGCCCGCAGGGAGGCGGGCGCCGCGCUGCCCGACCAGUACCAGGAGGACCCCUCUGAGGCCAAGGACACGUCCAAGUCCAAACCUCACAUCCUCCUGGCCCAGGAGAACACCCAGAUCCGAGACCUGCAGCAAGAGAACCGAGAGCUCUGGGUUUCCUUAGAGGAACACCAGGAUGCUUUGGAACUCAUUAUGAGCAAGUAUCGGAAACAGAUGUUACAGUUAAUGGUUUCGAAAAAGGCGGUGGAUGCUGAACCUGUCCUGAAAGCUCAUCAAUGUCAUUCUGCAGAAAUUGAAAGUCAGAUUGAUCGAAUCUGUGAAAUGGGAGAAGUGAUGAGAAAAGCAGUUCAGUUGGACGAUGACCAAUUUUGCAAGGUCCAUGAAAAACUAGUGCAAUUAGAGCUGGAAAAUAAAGAACUUCGAGAAUUAAUUUCCAUCAGCAGCGAGUCACUUCAGGUCAGGGAGGAAAAUUCAAUGGACACUGUUUCCCAAGCCAUUAUAUAAUUGAACUUCCGAAUGAUUGCUGGGUUGUCCAACAGGAACCAUCAAGGAAAGAAGAUAUUAUCUUUCUAUUCAAGUGUAUCCCUCAGUGUAUUAUUGCCUCAGACCUGAUUUUCAGGUAACAGAUUAGAAUUCAAUGUCCAAUUGGCUUUCCACACAAUAUUUGGGUGUGUUAAUGAAAGUAUACUGCAUUUCACCAUUCCUUUCCCUAAGAGACUCCUUUUGAAAAUUUCUGUUUUGUGCCCUUGAUUUAUAUGAACGGUUAUCAAUUCUUUUUUCAUAUCUGAAACUUAGCACCUUUUAUUUAAAACCAGCAGUUUUGUUUUAUUUUGUAUUAUAAACUGCAUUCUAAAACAUUCUUAAAAAGA